GGCGGAGGGCGGCCAUGGCGACGGCGGCGGGCCUGCUCUCGCGGGGGCUGUGGCGCGCGGGGCCGGCGGCCCUCGGGGGGCAGAUCCGCGGCUUUGCAGCGGGGCCCGGCGAGGAUGAGGUCUCGAGGGCUCAGCGAGCGGCCCCGGGGAAAGCAGCGGCCCCCACCAUCUUCUCCCGAAUCAUUGACCGCAGCAUCCCAGCCCAGAUCCUCUAUGAGGAUGAGCAGUGUCUGGCCUUCCGCGACGUGGCACCUCAAGCUCCAGUUCACUUUCUAGUGAUUCCCAAGAAGAUCAUUCCCAGGAUCAGCGAGGCCCAGAUCGAAGACAAACAGCUCUUGGGUCAUCUGCUCCUUGUGGCUACGCAGACAGCAAAAGCCGAGGGCCUGGGGGACGGAUACCGCCUGGUGAUCAACGACGGGAAGCUCGGCGCCCAGUCCGUAUACCACCUACAUCUGCAUGUGCUUGGUGGCCGACAACUUGGAUGGCCCCCGGGGUGAGACCGUACCAGAAGACCCAAGCCAGCUAUGGGCCCAGCUGAAUCCAGCCGUGGAAACUGGGCAAAGAAACCUGAAGAAAUUUAUAGUCACAAAUAAACCCCCAACCCUCACAAGUCUGUGAUUCACCAGA